AUCUCGCAGUCAAACUCUUAGCUGUUCAAGCAGCUUCCUCCUUCUUUGGUCCAAGAAGACUCGAGUUCAACCAAGGAUGUUUUGAAGUGAGGACUUUCCAGGAUUUGAGUCAUCGAAGUGCAUGAUUCAUAAACACAGAACAUGGGGACAAAGUAUGAAGCCAGGAUUCGUCAUGCCCAUUUCAUUUUGGGUAGCUUCCAUGAAACUAAAAAAGAGGGAGAUGUGAUGAUCAAAUGCUCCAAUGGGAUAACCACCAGCCACGCCCUAUUCCUGGCUUCAGCGUCAGAGCUACUCCGCAAUUACUUUGUGGGCAUUGCGUCAACAGACCUGAAGGACCCUAUGCUUAUUUUGCCAGAUGUUUCAGUUCAAGAGUUUGAUGAGUUUGCUGACCAUUGUUUAGUGGGAAACCACUUUGAACAAAAUCAGUUGCCAUCUGUUUUAAAAGUGCUACACGUUUUCCAAGCUGAACAUGGUCUUCAAGAUUGGCUGGAAAGCUGGAUUCAAGACAAAGAAAAACCUGCAUCUAUUGUUCCAGAAGAAUUUGAACACUUGGAGCAGUCCACAAAUGGUAAAUUGUCACUGGUCAGCAUAAGGGAGGAUUCACCAAAGCCAAAGAAAAGCCAAGACACUAGAAAACCCUUGAUAUUGAUGAAGUCAAGAAGUUUGGAAGAUGACUCUAUGGACCAAGUUGAGAAUUCCUCUGAACUGCCUUCUCCUGUUGCAUCACGGCAGUCUGUUUUGGGCACAGGUUCCAAUCAAUGUCAUUUUUGCCCAAAACGAUAUCGUCAAGUGAAGGCAAGAAAUACUCACAUGCUGGCAGACCACCUGGACCAAUGCAAGGAAAACGGAUUAUUUUUCAAGUGCCACCAUUGUGACAUGAGUUUUACCUCUGUGGAUGGGCGGGUGAAGCAUGAGAACCGGACACACCCAACCUCGAAAUCUAAUCCAGUUGGUCAUGGGUCCCAUAUGGACGAGAGACUAGGAAACAGAUUCGACAAUAUUCGCCUAUUAUCGGAUGGUACCUCUCAAAUGAAGUGUAUGUUCAAUCAUGAUUCAUGCGAGGAAAGGACCUUUGAAAAUUUCAAGGCAUUCAAAGCCCAUUGGAAGCAAGUUCAUCCCGACAAGGACCGAACGUGCUUCAUUUGUACCUUGGAGUGCACGGAUCGAGAAGCUCUUCUGGAGCACAUCCAAGUACAUCAAGGACCGGAAGGCCGAUUUCUGCCCUCUUGCGAUAGCUGUGACAAGAAGUUCUUAGCCGAUCACGCGGUGAUUCUGCACAAGCGCGAUGAUCACCCCUUGAAGGACACCCUCUACUGCGAGUUAUGUGGGAAAGGAUUUAAGAAUGCAAAAUUUCUUCUCAACCACAAACAAAAGCACAAGAAUGGUCUUCUUCAGGAUUACAUCUUUCAAUGCGAGACCCUUUUUGAUAAUGGAGAUGUGUGUGGCAAAACAUUUCAAACCCAGAGCAAUCUCCAAAGACACAUUCGGUCGCACCGGAACGAAAAAUCAUUCGCAUGCGAUGAAUGUGGAAAGGCUUUCGUGGAUUCCACGAGGCUGAAAAUUCAUCGUUGGAUUCAUACGGGAUACACGCCCUACAAGUGUGACUUAUGUGAUAAGGGUUUUCGGCAUUCCGGCCAUUUGAAGAAGCAUUUGAUCCGAGAUCACGAACAGACUUCGUCCACCAAGUUCCAAUGUUUGACGUGUCCAAAAAGUUUCUUUUACCAGUACGAGCUGAGGAAUCACAUGAACACGCAUUUGCGACCAAAGUCCACCAGAAGGUCGAAGAAGUCAUGCCCACCCUCCAUUGAGACCCUUUUUGAGUGCGAAAAAUGCCAGAAGUCGUUCGAGACAUUUCCGGAAUUGGAAGUACACUCUCAAAACCAUUCAAAUUUGAAAAGCCACCCUACUGAACAAAGACAAGAGAUUGUGUUUCUGAAUGCUACGGAUUCUGCACAGAAUCUGGAGGCCAAUCAAGAUCAGUUUGUUAUUCUUUAUGAGAUGGAAAAUCAUACGUAAACAUCAUUUGCUCCAAGUUCA